CUGUCAAACACAAAUAUGACGGAGGGAACGCACCUGCGGAGGCGAGGGGGGCCGUACAAGACUGAUCCAGCCACAGACUUGAGCCGCUGGAGGCUGACUAAUGUGGAGGGCAGGCAGACCUGGCGCUAUGUGGAGGACCAGGACUCCCCAGACAGAGAACAGACCAUGCUGGAGGCUCAUUCUCUAGGCUUGGACACAAGUAAGUUUGUGUCUGGCUCCCCAGCUGCCCGCACAGCUGUAGAUGCAGCUCUUAAAGGAAUGCACUUUUACAGCCACCUGCAGGCAGAGGACGGUCACUGGGCCGGGGAUUACGGCGGACCUCUAUUCCUGCUCCCAGGUCUCCUGAUCACAUGCCAUGUGGCAAAGAUCACUCUGGCUGAAGCCUGGAAAAAAGAGAUGGUGAGGUACCUGCGCUCUGUGCAGCUGCCAGAUGGAGGCUGGGGUCUACAUAUUGAGGACAAGUCUACCGUCUUUGGCACAGCACUGAGUUACAUCUCCCUAAGGAUCCUGGGAGUAGAGCCUGAUGAUCCAGACAUGGUUCGAGCCAGGAACAACCUGCACAGCAAAGGUGGCGCUGUGGGGAUUCCCUCGUGGGGUAAAUUCUGGUUGGCUAUUUUAAACGUCUACAGUUGGGAGGGAAUGAACACACUGCUGCCAGAGAUGUGGCUGUUCCCCACUUGGAUGCCAGCACACCCGUCCACCCUGUGGUGUCACUGUCGCCAGGUCUACCUCCCCAUGAGCUACUGUUACGCUGUGAGACUCGCUGCAGAGGAGGACACACUGGUCCUCAGCCUCAGACAGGAGCUUUAUGUGCAGGACUAUGCUACUAUAAACUGGCCCGCACAGAGAAACAAUGUGGCAGCAUGUGAUCUGUACACACCUCACAGCACGCUGCUCACCGUCGCCUACAUGGUGUUGAACGUGUACGAAGCCCAUCACAGCACCACACUGAGAGAAAAGGCUGUCAAAGAACUGUAUGAACACAUCCAGGCUGAUGACCGCUUCACUAAAUGUAUCAGCAUCGGACCGAUCUCCAAGACUAUCAACAUGCUGGUUCGUUGGUAUGUGGAUGGUCCCUCCUCUCCAGCCUUCCAGGAGCACGUGUCCAGGAUCCCAGACUACCUCUGGUUGGGAUUAGAUGGCAUGAAAAUGCAGGGUACCAAUGGAUCUCAACUCUGGGACACUUGCUUUGCUGUACAGGCUUUCCUUGAGGCAGGGGCCCAAGAUAACUCCAGACUAGCAGAGUGUCUCCGAGAUGCCCAUCAGUUUCUCACCAUCACACAGAUACCCGAGAAUCCUCCUGAGUACCAGAAGUACUACAGACAGAUGAACAAGGGAGGCUUCCCCUUCAGUACCCGUGACUGUGGUUGGAUCGUGGCUGACUGCACAGCGGAGGGCCUGAAGUCAGUGAUGCUGCUGCAGGAGUGUUGUCCCUCCAUCAGCCAGCCUGUCAGCUCAGAGCGCCUGUUUGAUGCUGUCAAUGUGCUGCUGAGCAUGAAAAACUCUGACCAUGGAUUUGCCACGUAUGAAACUAAGAGAGGCGGGAGACUCCUGGAGCUGCUUAACCCCUCCGAGGUGUUUGGUGACAUCAUGAUAGAUUACACCUAUGUGGAGUGUACGUCAGCAGUAAUGCAGGCUCUGAGGCACUUUCAGAAGGCCUACCCUGACCACCGUGCUGAGGAGAUAAGUUCGACUCUAAGAGAAGGACUGGACUACUGCAGGAAGGUGCAGAGGCCUGAUGGAUCAUGGGAAGGGUCCUGGGGAGUGUGCUUCACAUAUGGAAUAUGGUUUGGCCUCGAAGCCUUCGCAUGUAUGGGUCACGUCUACGAGGAUGAGCGUGUGUGUGUGGAGGUGCAGAAGGCUUGUCAGUUCCUGCUGGAGCGGCAGAUGGCAGACGGAGGCUGGGGCGAGGACUUUGAGUCGUGCGAGCAGAGGCGCUACGUCCAGAGCAGCAGCGCUCAGAUCCACAACACCUGCUGGGCUUUGUUAGGCCUCAUGGCUGUCAGGCAUCCUGACAGGCGGGCCAUUGAGAGAGGAGUGCAGCUGCUGAUUGACAACCAGCUGCCCAACGGAGACUGGCCGCAGGAGAAUAUUUCCGGUGUGUUCAACAAGAGCUGUGCCAUCAGCUACACCUCCUACAGGAACGUCUUCCCAGUCUGGACCCUCGGACGCUUCUCAGCACUUUACCCCAGCAGUCCACUGGCUGGGAAGGUCAAGCUGUGAAGACCUUCAUCACGAUGAAGCACACUGUGUGCAGACACACAGUGUUUACAACUACUACAUGCUACAACAACUGCCUCAAUGUUGGGCCGAUCUGUGGAAAGUGUUAUCUUUUGUGUAGAUGACGCUUGAACAGUCCCACGCAGUUUCCACGUCUAGCCCUUUAUGAACUUGUCAACACGUCAGCUGUGUUCUCAGAGUCGAGCCCAUCAGAUAAGGUAACACAUUUCAUUCUUUGAAUUUCUCUCUGUGUUGACAUUCCAGGACUUCACAUCCAAAACAUCUACUCCUUCACAACAUGUUGUGAUAACCUGCUGCUGCCCAGAGCACCCAGUCAUGUGCUGCGGUUUAUUAAGUAUAUUCAAACAUUUAUAUCCAUGUUGCCUUAUAUCUCUACCAUAAGCAUUUAGAAUAAAUCAUUUUCUGUGGUAUUGAUCUGUAUGAGACUGUUUUAAUGCAUUGCUUGACUGCCACAUAUUAAACUGAAUGGAAAUAAAUCUUCUAUUUAGAUCAAUAAUUCCUGGGGAGCCCAAAAUAAAUAAAUAAAAAUAAUACCUGAAAACAUAUCAGGCCCUCCCACAGUGCCCCUUAAAAGGUCCAGUGAAUGGGCCCUCCCCAAAUCUGUUGGACGAAACAAACAUGAGGCUUCAGAACUGCCAGAUGGUGAUGUCAUGGUAACUAUGUCCAUUAGUAGUAUUACUGUUUGGAUGUAGUUACAGUUUCAACAAAUAUGAAUCGUAAAUAACGAUGAACAUUUUGGUUCAAAAUAAAAUAUGCUCCACA